UGUUAUGUGUACUUUCCAUUUUUCAGUCAUAACAUGGAUGAAGUUAACAAAUGCAAAUUCAUUUUAACUAAACUGCUGUGGAACAAAGAACAAAUAGGAGACAUUCUUAAACAUCCAAAAUGCUUGUUGUGGUGGCUACAAUGCUAUUUGGCAAACACCAACGAUAUUUUCAUCGGACUGAAAGAUGCGGACGGUGUUGUGCGGGUUCCGGCACAGAUUCAGAAAGUAAAAGAUAUGCCAAAGAAUCAGCAUUGGAAACCGCACAUUUGUAUACGAUUUUUACAUACCCUUUUAGUUAAGAUGGAAGAAGUAAUGGCCAGCGUGAAUUGUCCCUACACGGUCUACAAAUUUGUGUAUGACUCUUAUUCAAGAUGUAUAAAAUUCAAAAUUUACAAAGGAAAGUCGGAAUACUCUUUCUUAUCGGAAAAAUAUAUAAAACAUUGCAAGGAAAAAACGAAGCACGAAUAAUUUUGUUUAAAAACUUCAAAGUUAAUUUUUACAAUGCAUUUUAACAUGUUAUUACUAAUCUAGUUAAUGAGUAAACAACGUUUAUUCAUAUACGCAACAAUCUCAUUAUAAAUUUCAUAAUAUACUCUAUACAUAGUUAAAUGUUAAUUAAUAUAGAUACAUAUUUACAUACGUAUAAGACUGUGUCAAAUAAGGACUAAUGUUUUUUUUUUCUUUUGGUCCCAUAUCAUAACUUCGUUGUCGGUGCAGAAAAAUUUCAGUUAGCGCUCGCAAACAUAACUAUUUUUAAUGAAAAAUACUUUUGCGCUACUUUUUUUAGUAAAAAUUAAAUAUAACAAAACAAACCUGUAGCCCAUUCAAUUCGGGUAUAAUAAGUGCAAGUUUGAAGUAGCUAGGACUUACUGUUGAGCUUUAGCUUUUUUUGUUGACAGUGUCAGUUAUUUUCUUCCAUACAAAGUGGGUUUAUAAAAAAAAAAUGAAACCUUCAACAAAAAAAUGCCAAAAAUUUGCAGUUAAUCCUGGUUUCUUCAAGUUUAUUUUAUUAUACUUAAGUUUAAUUGGCUACAAGGGUGUUUUUCUUUAUUUCUUAUAGUUAAUUGUUUAUUAAAAAAAGUAGUGAAAAAAAUUGUUUUCUUAAAAAAUUCUAACUUUGCGAGCGCUAUCUGAAAAAUUAAGAAUAGAGGCUGAAAUUUUGCCACGACAAUUUUUUGUGCCCGACAGCGAAAUUCCAUAUGGGACCGAAAGAAAAAAAUAGUCUGUAAUGUACACAUAUGUAUGUCUGUAUGUAAGCAUGCAUAAAUAUGUAUUGUCCUUAAACUCUAUUUAUAUACGUAUGUGGGUACUUUCACAUAAUUAUCUUAUUUUGAAAAAAAUAAAAAUAAAAUAAAAAGGUUUACUGAACGCAAAGCCAUAGAUA